GCGUGCGGCGCUUCUGGGGCGGAGCCUGCCGCCGGCCGCCAGGGGGCGAGCGCCGGGCGCCGAGGCGACGCGUUCAUGGAGGCGGUGAGGGCGGAAGAGCGGGAGGGGGCCGCGGUGGCCCGGGACCUGCUGGCUCUAGGGUAUGAGGGUGUCCCGGGGCUGGCGUCGCGGGGCGCCUCAUGCCCAGACUUCAGGGCACUGUGCGCGCAGCUGGCGGCGGAGCUGGCGACGCUGGGCGCCCUGGAGCAGCAGCGAGAGGCGGGCGCCCAGGUGCUGAGCGCCGGCGACGGCCCCGGCGCGGAGGAGGACUUUCUGCGGCAGCUUGGCAGUCUAUUGCGGGAGCUGCACUGUCCGGAUCGCACGCUCUGCGGUGGGGAUGGGGCGGCUGAGCUUCGGGGACCCGGCUCCAGCCUGCGCCUGCUGCGCUUUCUCUGCUCAGAGCUCCAAGCCACUCGCCUCCUGCGCUUGCGCUCUCUGUUGGAUCCCAGUCCCGGGCCACCCCUUGGUGAAGGGGUGGAGGGAACUGGCAUGGUCCAGGAACUGGGCCUUACCCUCCAAGCCCUGGGACUGCCCAGACCUGCACCAGGGACCCCCGCCAGCCAGCUGUUGCAGGAGUUUCAUUCUAAGAUCUCAGAGCUGCAGCCUUCUCUGCCGCCCGGGUCCCUGCAGCCCCUCCUUAGCUCCUCGCUAGAUGCACCCAGAUGGGAAGCGCUGGAGUCUCUGUCCCAGAGCCUGAGAGAUCAGUACCACUGCCGCCGCUGUCUCCUCCUCAAGCGCCUUGACCUCACCACAUCUGCUUUCCACUGGAGUGACCGGGCAGAGCACAUGUCCUGGCUGCCCGAGCCGAUCUGUCUCAUCUCGUCCCAGCCACCAGUGUGGCUGUCCGCAGAGGGACCUGCUGUGCCAUCAACAAGGUGCUUAUGGGCAACGUUCCAGACCGGGGGGGCCGCCCAAAUGAGCUGGAGGCUCCUAUGCCCACCUGGAGGAGCCGAACAGACGGUGGAGGCGGACGGAAGACAGGCCCCCAGUGCUGGGGCCGCAAGAAGAAGAAGAAGUAAAGGGGGACUGGUGGGCGGGGGCGGGGGUCCUCCAUGAGAUGCUAAUGCCGUUGGUCAUCUGGGGAGUCAGUUUAAGUCUUUCCUUGGCCCCUCAUCUCCUAUUCCUGAGGCCCCAAAUGCCCUACUCCCAUGCACCCGUCAAUACCAACAGCCGUGUUCUCUGGAGAAUAAAUUUAAUUUAUGACAGCUAUAGGACCUCUCUCUGUGGGGGCCAAGUCAGGGUUGCUUGGGUUUGUGAAGGGGUUAGGGGUGUCUCUGCUCCCUGGGUCUGAACGGGCCCCUGCUGCUCUGACCCUCAAGGUUCUUUGCCCUAAAGCACAUCUUUCUUGUGCCUUGGGCAUGGGUAAGGAGACACUCAGGCAUCGGACAAACAUCUGUCAGGCGCCUACCACCUGCCAGCCCUGUUCUAGGCACUGGGGAUGCAGCAGUGAAAGACGUUGAUAGAAAUCCCUACUCUCGGCCAGGCGCAGUGGCUCACAC